UGACUAAUUUAGCUAAUAAUAAUACACAAUCUGAAUUUGCAGUAGAUUCAUACCCUGGGCAGCUGCAAGGGAGCCAAAGGGAGUAGGAGUGGAAUCAGACCCUAGACACCGGCCCUGCAGGGUCUGGGUAGGAAGGAAUAAUGGCAGCUUCAGCAGCAGGAGAGACAGAUCAUUUCAGUGAAGCUUUUUGCUGUGCUGCCCAGUGGAGGGAUGAUGUCAGUGUCAGGGAUUUCGGAUCCGUGUAAAUACAAGAAAACAGCCAAUGCUGGAAGAUGUUGGAUAUGGACCAAGGGGUAGUGGAGGAGUGGUUGUCAGAGUUCAAGACUCUACCUGAGACGGCCAUACCAAGCUAUGCUGCAGGUUUAAAAGACAAGGCUGCUUUGGUUUCAGCUCUGUACCGUGUUAUCCAGGAACCCCAGAGUGAGUUCCUGGAGCCUGUGUGUCACCAGCUGUUUGAGUUCUACCGCAGUGGAGAAGUCAGCCUGCAGCGCUUUACUCUCCAGUUCCUUCCAGAGUUCAUCUGGAGCUACCUUUCCAUUUGCACCAACAGAGACCUGCACAGCACUGGCUGCAGAGAAGCCCUUCUCCUGGGCAUAUACAAUCUAGAAAUAAUUGACAAAGAUGGACAGAGCAAAGUGUUAUCAUUCACUGUCCCUUCCCUGUCGAAGCCUUCUGUGUACCAUGAGCCUUCUACAAUUGGUUCUUUGGCUCUCACAGAAGGGGCAUUAGCCAAACAUGGCCUAAGCAGAGUUGUAUACAGUGGGCCUCAUCCACAGAGAGAGAUCUUUACAGCACAGAACAGGUUUGAAGUGUUGACGUUCCUUCUCCUGUGCUACAAUUCUGCUUUAAGCUACAUGGCGAGUGCUUCCUUGCAGUCCCUCUGUCACCUGAGCACCGGGGUAAGCAUUUGCGGGUAUCCUAGACAGCUCCUGAGGAAGUACAAAGGCGUCAGCAGCAGAAUGCCAGUUUCUUCAGAGUUUCUUGUCCAGUUGAUAACCAGCCUUUAUUAUGCUCUCUAUAAUGGUGAAUGGGAUAUGGCCAGUAAAGCAUUGGAUGAUGUCUUAUACAGAGCUCAGCUGGAGCUUUAUCCUGAAGCGUUGUUGGUGGGAAAUGCAGUCAAGUCUUCCUUGCCUGGAGGUGCAUUGAAAUCAAAUAAGGAGGGCACUCGGUGUAUUCAGGUAGAAGUUACUCCAACAUCCUCGAGAAUAUCAAGAAAUGCAGUGACCAGCUUGUCAAUCAGAGGCCAUCGGUGGAAGAGAAAUGAUGCUGUGGAUUUAACAUCCCCAGAGGAACUGAUGGAAGUCUCUGAAAUGGAUGAAGGGUUUUGUUCCAGGGCAGCUUCAAAUGCCAGUCCUCCUGUGAUCAUUAUCACUAGCAGCAGUGGGAAGACACCUGGGAAGAGCCAGCGAAAGUCUGGAAGCAGCAGGGCUGGGAAGGAAAGGGAGGCUAAUGUGGAGAGCUGCCGGGACCACUUGUCUCGCAAGCAGGCCCAGAGGGCCAUGAGCGAGAACCUGGAGCUGCUGUCCUUGAAGAGGCUGACCUUGACGACUAGCCACUCCCUCCCCAAGCCAGACAGUGUCAGUCUGGCCCGGACUGCCACCGCUGUCUUUAGUAAGUCCUUCGAGCAGGUCAGCAAUGUCUUUGGGGCCAACAAUCCUGCCAGCACAGGCAACACUACCUCAACCGAGGCCAACCGCUAUUCGGCCUGCAGCCUUCAGGAGGAGAAGCUGGCCUAUGUCUCAGAAAGGACCGAGCUCUUGGGCCCAAGCUCCAGGCACAAGCAGCGCUCCCCCAGCAUUGGCAUCCAGCUUUCCACAGACCUAUGAUCGUUUCUGUUAGUGGUCACAGAGGGUUAUGGUCUAUUUAGUAUGGUGUUAAAAUCAUGUUACCGCUGCUGUAGCAUCGGGUUCAGUUUUUGUUGAAGAAAAAAGGUACAGUUGCAGGCUUGUUUUGUACUUCUGGUGAUGGAUUAAAAUGUUGGUUUUAACACUGACUGAGCAAUAAUGAUAAAAGUAGGAGGGUGUUCAUGCAUUCAGUUGGACUAAUGUUCAGUGGCUUCUUUAGAAGUGUCACCCUUUUACAAGAAGUUCUGGGAAUACCCAAUGAAUGGACCCCACUCCAACCCCAGUCCUGUGGUACUGGUACAAGCACUGAAUAUUAGACUGUUUAGGUGAUUAAAGAUUUAGAUUUUAAGUAAUUUUACUGUAUUGUUUAUAAAAAAAGCUAGUCCAUUAUAGAGGUGAAGCUGCUGUAAAUUGAGUAAGAAAAGAAUUGUAAUGGGAUAUAUUUUUAACUUUGUUUAUAACUAAAAAUACAAACUUACCUGUACAAGUAUGUGAAAAAAAUUAACUAAACACCAUGUCUUUAAAAAGCAUAAGACUAGAAGAAACAUUUGGAAGACAUGGGUGAAAAUAUGCCAUAUAUACACACAAACAAGAAACAAGCACGACACGUAGUUCUCGUUGAACUUUUUUAUGGUGAUUAAAACGUGUGGUUUGCAGUAGAUUUUGUCUGGUCCUCUAUUCAUUCACUUCCUUUGUUCUUUCUUUUGCACAAGAAAAAGAUAACCUGUCUGAAGAUCACUAGUUUAGAAACCAAGAACCUGUUUAUAUUUAUCUCAAAUAGUCAUUCUUUUUAUAAACAAUGCAAUUUAUUAUUUUCACAUUAGUGUCUAUUUCUUUUUAAUGUCCACAUUCUCUUUUGUUUGUUUUUUUGUUUGUAUUCGGGCCUUUUAAAACGGAUUCCAGUCUGCAUGUUUUAUAAUCUGUGUGGUGUUUCCAAUGAAGCAAGGGGAAUUACAUGAGAACAGUAUUGAUUGCUAUGGCAUUUAAUUUUUGGGAGUAAAUUAUACACCUGCAUGACUUGGGCUAUAUCUGUGUGUUAGCUGAAAGCCCUGUCCUACUGUUACAUUCUUAAUGAUUUUACACAGCAGAGUUUGUUACUUUCUUUUUAAAUCUGGCACAUCGGUAGACACUUAUCCAAGUUAGUCUCGUUUUUUUCUUCAUUCUGUUUCUCAACAUGUUUUUACCUUUUCCAAUGAUUUUUCUAAACAAAAAUAAAAAUCUGCGGUAUUGUUUUUAACAGACUAUAAGCUUCUUUUUUUAAAUAUUUGUGAACAGACUGUUUGGUAAAUUAGUCAGCAAAAUCUAACCGUAGUAGAUGGUUUAAACAUUUCGUCAGUAGAUCGGAUAACAGCAAUCACCAGAUGUUUGUUUUUGUUUACAGUAUGUGGGGAUUUGAUAUAUUGCUCGUGUGGAUUGUACAGUUUACUGAAGUUUCCAUCUGAAAAUACCUGUGGUUGCUAUAGUUUCACAAUAAAAAUAAAUAUUUCAAA